AUGGCGCCCGCGGCGCCUCAGCUGCCGACCCGGUUCCCAUGCUGGUGUCGGGCCGUGUACUCGUGGGGAGGAGAAACCAAGCGGGAUCUGGGAUUUGUGGAGGGCGACCUGAUCGAGUGUCUGAAUGCUGGCGAUGGGCAGUGGUGGAUGGGCCGUCUGCGUCGUGACCGGCGCAUGGUGGGAUUGUUCCCGUCCAACUUCGUCGAGGUGCUGAGUGAAGACUUCGUCCCUGUGAGCGUCUCGACCAGCCCCAUGGUCAAGGCGACCGCCUCGCCCAUCGGGAACCCGACCUUUGCGCCCAAGAAGCAGAAGACCGUCUUCCGGAAGCCCUUCCAGGCUCAUAAGGAAGCCCUGUCGCCCGCAGGCGAGCUGGCGGCGCGGAGUGCCACUGCUACGACGACGACCACAGUGACGCCUAGCUCCAUCCCUCUGACGCCUCCUCGGGCAGGGAGUCUGCCUCGGAGAGUCAGGCCCCUGCGCUCUCGUACGACCGCCGUCAAGCAGGAGAAUCAGCCCAUCUCGAGACGCUCCUCCCGCUCCCAACCGCCGCUGUCGCGCGCGGUCUCGCCACAGCCUUCCCCCCGGACGUCGCCACAGCCGCCGUCGCACAUCGCACCGCGCACGGCGAUGAGCCCUGCGACGAGUCCGGCUCCGAUUCCGGCUCACCUCUCGCCAUCACCAGCUCCUCCGUCUCCCAGGAUGCGCUCGCCGGUUCGCCUGUCGCCGGGUCCGCCUUCUCCCGCGCCCGCGGUACCCAGCCAUGCCCUGUCACCAUCUCGACCGACUUCCCGGGAAGUGUCGCCCUCGCAACCGUCAGCGAGGGAGGAAUCUCCCCCUCCUCCACCCCCUCCUCCACAUCGCGUCGCAGUCACCCGCCAGCCAUCACGCAAAUCACGAUCACCAGCGCCGCUGGAUAUGAACGAUCGCUAUGUCACCUUCUCCAGAACCCCAUCUCCCGCGGCGCGACCCGAAUCGCGUACGCGCACCCCGUCCCCGCUCCGAGACGCCAUGGAGGACGUCAUGUCUUCGUUGGAAGAUAUGGGUUUACCCAGGCAAGGAGAAGACAAUGCUCCUCCUUCCCCGCCUCCUGCCUUUGGCAACCCCUGGUCGCCCGAUGCGUACGAUAACAUGCAGGUCGCCCGGCCGUUGCAGACACGCCGCCGUCCGGUAACGUCUCAGGGAUUCAACGGUGGUAGGGACCAGGAUCCAUAUGAAGAAGCCCAGCGCCAGAGACUCACCACAUACACGCCCGAUCCUUACAUGGAUGGGCCUCCUCAACUCAACAACUACGUGCAGCGGAUGGAGAGCCGGCUCCGCCAACUCCAGGAGCGCAGAGCCUCCGAGGAUGUGCAGUAUGGGGAGGACGACGAGGGAGGAGCCCCGCCGCCUCCGCCCAAGAACGUGCCGUAUCGAGGGCGCAACAAUUCCAUCCCCGUCCAGCCCCUACCCCUACGAGGCCAACGGUCUGGCCAUAAUCUCCGAGACGAUGUUUUGAAUCGCUCCUAUACCAACAAGUCGACCGCGACAACCUCCUCCAGCGGUAUGCAAAGCGUCAGCACGAAUGUCACCACCAGCACGGAUCGAACCAGCCAAAGCUUGAUGAGCGGACCCUCGGCCGGUGGGUUCAGUGCGACGAGUGCAGGGAGUUAUGCGAGGAGGGGGGCAAACGGCUUGACCGGUCGCCCAAGUACCGCCAUGGAUUUGUUCCGUUCCAGAGGCUUCAGCGACGUCUCCAAGACCCAACGCCCCGAAACGCCGCUGACAGGAAUAUCGUACCACUCGAGUCAUAACAGCUCCCGACAGGGCGCCUCGUCCGCGAUUCCCUGGUCAGCCACGGCGGCCAAUAGCCCCGGCGAGUCCCCGGGGGUCUUUGGUGGCUUGUCCACGCCCAAGGCCAAGAAACACGGCUUCUUCAAAAAGAUCCUCGAGUCGGCCAAAACGGGUGCCGCCAGCGCCCGGAGCAGCAUCUCGGUCGGCCAGAGCGGUGGUUCUUACUCGCCUUCAAAGGGCCGGUUGUUGACGGACACGGCGUCCUCCUCCCCCUUCACCUCGCCGUAUUCGAGUACCCGCGACCACACCCGGGACAUGGGAUUGGUCUCGGCCGGUGCGAUUGACUGGGUGCAGGUUCGCCGCGAUGUAAACCGGGCGACAUCGCCGAGUCGCAAUGAACGCGUCGAGCGGGCCGAGCGCUGCCAGAUGAUGGAUCAUCCGGUCAUCUACGCUGUCGAGGAACUCUACGACACCGCAGAGGGAGAUGAAAGUAUCGACGGGCUACCGAUCCAUGAGCCGACCAACUUCGGGACCUCCAACCUAACGCUGGUGGAUAAGAGCGCCCGGUUCGUCAACAGCCUCCCUCCAAUGACCAAUGCAACCAGCCUGGCUCAGGGAUACAUCUGCCGGCCGUACAAGAGCGACGUGCAGCGACUCCGGGCCAUCUUCACCUGGGUCAGCGAAAAGAUCGCCUGGGACGACCCCGUCGAGGAAGAGGUGCAGAUCGAUCUCCAGCGGGUCGUGCACACCCGGCGCGGCAGCCCGCAGGAGGUCGCUCAUCUUGUUCGAGAGAUGUGUGCCGCCGUCGGCCUGCACGCGGAGACGGUCCAUGGCUUUCUCAAGACGCCCGGCGACCUGUUCGAGCUGGACAGUCUGGCGCGGCCGAACCACUGGUGGAACUCGGUCCUCGUGGAUGGCGAAUGGCGUGUGAUGGACUGUUCGCUGGCGAGUCCGACCAACCCCCGCCGCACACAGUUCGUCACCAACAACUCCUCGAUCGCGGAGAGCUGGUACUUCCUGGCUCGCCCGAUGGAGAUCUGCUACACCCACGUGCCUCUGUAUCCGGAGGAGCAGCACAUCUGCCCGCCGAUUCCCCCGGACGUCCUCCUGGCUCUCCCGACCGUGUGCCCGCCCUACUUCAAGAACACCGUCCAAUUCCCGGACUACGACACCAGCAUCAUCCGCAUCGAAGGGCUGGAGCUCCUACAGAUCCGAGUCCUGGUGCCCCCCGACGUGGAGUGCGCGGCGGAAGUCGAGGCGCCGGCCUUUGCCCGCGACGCCGACGGCGACUUCUUCGAAAGCGGCGACAUUGUGCGCAAGCGAGCCCUCGUCCAGCCGGACUGGAUCUGCGGACAGAAGCGAUACACCAUCAAGGCGGUGCUGCCCGGCGACGAAGGCCAGGGCGUUCUCAAGGUGUACACGGGGAAAAAGGGCCUCAUGCAUUCGAACCGCGACAUCCCACACCCGCUGGCGCUGGCGCUACCCAUCAUCCAUACGGGCGAAAAUCCCCCCUACGAGUUCGUGCAGCGACACCCGACCCCCCACGCGCAACGGCAUGACCUGUACAUCAUGCAGCCGCAAUGUGCGCGACUGGCGAUCAACAACACCUUUGUGUUUGCCGUCCGCCAGCAUCCGUCCUCCUCGAUGGCCGCAACAACAACAACAACCAUAGGCGCCCGCCGCGACUCGAGCACCAGCGGGCGGGUCUCGCCUUCGAUGUUCAUCCGACCGUCAAGCGCCCUGAGCAUGGUUUCCAGCUCGGCGGGGGGGUCGACAGUGUCGACGGUCUCGAACGAGUUCUCGGCCUCGACUUCGGCCAUCUCGUCGACCCGCACCUCCUCCGCGUCCGGCCGCGAGAAGCCCGCCAAGCUGGCCAUCCAGUCCCCCUCGGGCAAGAUCCUACGUCUGAACCGGAAAGCAGACCAUAUGAUCGGGACGGCUUCUGCCGGCGGAGGAGCUACAGAACUCUCGGCCGCGGACGCGCCCGCCGACGGCAGCGUGUGGGAGACGGUGAUCAAGAUCGGCGAGCGAGGCGUCUGGCGCGGCCUUGUUCUGGCGGACCGGGUGGCGAGGUGGUGUGUGUUUUGCGAGUGGGAGUGUUUCUAA